UCUGAGAAAUAGCAUGGUGCCACCUUAAUUUGAAUCGAUUCGACCAAUCAAAAGCCAAGUUGAAUAAACGCGAAAAACAAAGAUGGCCGGUUUUAGACCAUGAGUGGAGUUCACACGUGUUUUUAAAUCAAGCUGUAAAACAAUUUUAGGAGGUCAUAUGUUUUAAAAUUUAACAAUGGAGGCUUCAAAUGGACAAUCCUUGGAAGACGUAUUUAAAAAAUGGGAGAAGAAAGGCGAGGAAAGGCGGCUAAAUGGCCCAGGAUAUAUGGCAAGUUUAUACAACGAAGGAAAUCAGGAUUCGCAACACGGACGGGCCGCAUGGCAACAGAGAUAUGAUGUUUCUGCAUUGCCUAGACGACGAUCAAACAGGAAAAAGCAUCACGCAACUCGGGAAAUUGUAAGAAUUAUGAAAGAAAUAUACGUUAUCAUGAAUGAUAGAUGAUUUAAUAUACUCAGUGGCAUAGCCAGCCUGUCGAUUUGCAAAUUUCAACUCAUCAUUAUUCAUUUAUUUGGAAAUUGAUUGCCUUGAUAGUUUAGAAAUGUGGAAAUAUUUGAAUAGCAGGAUUGAAUUGUCGGGUUGGCUACGCCACUGCAUGGUUAUACUUAUAACUGCAGGGAUUAACUAUAUUCAAGUCCCCACGCAAAACGGUGACAGAAAUUGACGUUUGUAUUUAAACCCACUUACCCAGUCUUGAACAUAUCAAGCAUGGCAUAGCUUAUGAAAAUGUCACAGAAUAUGUGAUGUUUUCACAACUGAAUAUUUACCCAAAACGUCAAUUUGAUGUUUAGUGUGGUAACAACAAUGUGACUCCUAAGGUGACUGUCCUGCUGGUUUUGAAAAUUUAAUAGUGAAUGGGCUAUUACAUUUAAAAACCGAACCCCCCCUGUCGAGGACCUCUGCUUUUGGGCAUUUUCAAAAAAAUCUGUGUAAUUGACCCCUCUGGAAGAGACUUGAACCCCCUCUGGAAGUGCAUUUUUGCUUUUUAACCCCUCUGGAAAUAGCAUUUUUCUUCCAUUUUUACCAAUAACCCCCCUGGAAAAAAUGGAGGUCCUCGACAGGGGGGGGGGGUACGGAUAUUAAAUGUAAUAGCCCAAUAUAUAGAAAAUAAAACUGUGCCACUGAGAUACCUCUGUGUCAUGAUACUAGUAAUGUCAAUUGAGUAUUAAAUUGAAGUAUCAAACAACCGGCCUCCCCAUAAGUUAGUACUAUCUAGGCUUGAGAAACUAUGAUGGAAUUCCAGCUGCCCAACCCUGUAAAACAAUUCAUAAAAUGUAUCUGGUAUUGUGGCUUAACCCAUUGAGCCCUGCGCUCUCCCUGUGACAAGUAAAAUUGUGUGGCAUUAAAGUACAGAGUAAAGUAAUACCAUGAUUAAAGGAGGGCAUGUUUGGAUGCAAUGCAACUCAAUCAGCUAACUAGACACAUGGGUAGAUAAUCUGAUUAACCCAUUGAGCAUCAUUGCUCUCCCCUUGAUAAGUAAAAUCAUCUGGUGUUAGACAGAGUAAUUAAUGUUCAUUACAAAACUUUAGAAAAUAAAAUUUCUGAUGAUCCAAACAAAAUUUCCAUAUAUUUGGGAAGAUUGUUUUGAUGUUUUUUUUUGUUAACCUAGGAUUAAGCUAACCAAUUUUGAAUAUAGCAGUUAAUCAUUGCAUAUUGAAUUUCUUCAGGGUCAUUCAAGAGAUUUCGACUUUGCUAUGUCAGAACCAGUUGAAAGAAAGUUUCAACUGAUUCCCCCAAUUGUUGAAGAUCAUAAUCGCACAUCACGACCCUUUCUAAGCACAGGAUGCUCAAAAUGCUCUCAGAAGAGCAUUAAGGUUUGUGAGGAUAUACUUCUUGAACAUGUAUGUAUAUGAUGCUUGUGAUGUUACUCUGACGUAUGUUCGAUUCCCACCGUGGCCAGGCAUAUUUUUCAAGCUUGCGCAGUGUGGAUAUACACUCAGAGUAACAUCACAAGCGUUAUAUUCACCUGAGUACAAUUUUACCAACAGAGGAAAAUAUAUUUCACUCUGAUCCAUAAAUUGAAAGCUGUGCACAGAUUGUUAGGAUCUGGAUCUGGAAAUUAGUAUAGCCAUCCACUGGAGCUCCUGUUGCUAACUUCCUGACGAAGGGCCUUACCAGGUAAUAUAUUUUUCAGUAGUUGAAUCCCUCUCGAUUCAUUGAGUGCCAGUGCUCUCCCCUUGACAAGUAAAUUGUCUGUUGUAUUAAUUAGAUUUAUUAUUAGUAUGACAAAAUUACUGCUGAUUGGUUGAGAGCAGUAUACAAUUAUUUUAUUAAUUGCACUGCAGUGCAAUUAAUGAUUUUCCCAAAACAAACAAAAUGGCAGAAAUGUAUUUAGCACAAAUGAAAUUGCCCUCGAGGAACUUUAUAAAACAAAAUAACUAAAUGAAAAUAGAAACUAAAUGAAAAUUAUCAAAAAUUAUCAAAAAUUAUCGCAAAACUAGAUCCGAAGAACGUAAAAAACCCCUCAGAUCUCUAAGUAAUUCCAUGAAAAUCCUUGUUCGACGUAAACAUCGUGAUUACCUUCACAAAAUUCAAGGUUCCUUCAGUGAAAAUCCUAAAUUAUUUUGGAACUAUCAUAAAGCAGUAUUACACCAUCGCUCAGGGGUUGUCUCUAUUAUUACGAGUAAUGAAAUAACAGCCAAGACACCAGCAGAGAAAGCUCAACUAUUUAACACGUACUUUUGCUCUGUUUUUACUUCACCCAGCGCAGUGUCCAGUUUGCCCUCUUCCCCCAUAAGAUCGGAUAUAGAAAUCUCUGAUAUAGAGCUAACAGUGGAAGAAGUGUCAGCUUGUUUGUCUAGUUUAGACACAUCUAAAGCCACCGGUCCUGACGGGAUACCCGCACGCAUCCUAAAGGAAUGUAGCACGGAAAUCGCACCAAGUCUUUGUACUUUGUUCAAUCACUCUCUACGCAUUGGGCAUUUCCCUGCAGAAUGGAAAAAUGCCGACGUAACACCAGUCCAUAAGAAGGAUAAUAAAGAACCUGCUGAAAAUUACAGACCUAUCUCUUUAUUGCCGAUAGUAAGCAAGGUGAUGGAACGGUGCGUCUGUAACAGGUUCUAUUCCCAUGUCUCACAUCUAAUUACUUCUCUUCAGCACGGUUUUAUGCGUAAUCGAUCAUGUGUAACACAGCUUCUGUCUGUUCUCCACUCUAUUGGAAAAUCACUUGACCAAAACACUCAAACAGACAUUUUAUACGUGGAUUUUGCUAAGGCUUUUGACUGUGUAGACCAUGUUAUUCUCAUAGAAAAGCUUAAAUGGUAUGGCGUAACGGGGAAUCUUCUUAACUGGUUUACUGACUAUCUUAGCGAUAGAUCGCAGAGAGUUGUGAUAGAGGGUGUAGCUUCUCGGUACCUACCCGUUACUUCUGGUGUUCCCCAGGGAAGCAUUGUAGGACCUCUGCUGUUUGUUAUUUUUAUCAAUGACCUACCUGAUAUUAUCCAGGAACAGACAAGAACCGGCCUCUUCGCAGAUGAUACCAAGUUGUACCGAUCAGUAAAAUCCCCUUGCGACUGUGAAAGUUUGCAGCAUGAUAUUUCGAACUUGAACAAUUGGAGUCAUAACUCUAACAUGAAAUUUAACGCCUCCAAGUGUAAGGUAUUAACAAUAACUCGAAAAAAAUCACCUGUAAUUACUGACUAUCGUCUGGGUAAUGUAAUUUUACAACGCGCUCACCAAGAAAAAGAUCUGGGAAUUAUUGUCAAAAGCAACUUAUCCUGGGAUUCUCACAUUUUCUCAAUCGUCAGUAAAGCCAACAAGAUGCUUGGUAUCUUAAAGAGAACUUGUCCCCUGAUUAGAGAUACUAAAGUUAGGCGAACACUAUACCUGACUUUGGUAAAAUCAAAGCUGUGCUACGCAACGGAGGUGUGGGGCCCCAGCUAAUGUGAAGCUACAAGUUGCAUUAGAAAGAGUUCAAAGGCGCGCUACACGUUGGAUCCUCAAAAGUAAAGUUGGAGAAAUGUCUUAUGAAGAUAGACUGAAAACUCUCAAUUUAUUGCCACUAACUUACGAUCGAGAAAUCAGAGAUCUUGUUCUGGUCUAUAAAUGUAUUUUCGGCCACACUGAUUUGAACAUUGAACAUUUUGUGUCAUUUAUACAUCAUAAUCGAACUCGUACUCAGAAUCCAUCUCUAAUGUUAAAAUCUCCUUACUGUAGAACAUCCACUUUCCAAGGAUCGUUCUUUAACCGAAUAGUUAAAACUUGGAAUAAUGUUGGAAAAAUAGCCUCUCCUGAAAAUUUCGCCAGUUUGACAAUUUUUAAAAGCUUUCUGCAUGUGACAUACACCGCAUUGGUCAACAGUACUUUUAAUGUUGAUAUGGCAUGCACUUGGUCGCUCACAAGAGACUGUCCCUGCCACCGUUCUUAAUAUGCAUGUUAUGUAAUAUAUAUUUGUAUAUAGUGAAUUAGGUUGGGGUUUUUUUUCCCUUUUUUUGGAGGGGGUGCGCCUAGCAUGGGUCUUGUUGUCCCGUUUGCGCUAUCCCCUUUGGACUUAAACUUGUAAAUGUUUCUACUAUAUUUGUCCAAUAAAGCUGAUAAAUAAAUAAAUAAAAUAAAAUUUUGUUGAAAGUCUGUCAGGACUUGAGGACUGCAUGGGGUUUGGGAAGAGAAAUGAUGUGGACAUUGAGUAUUAUCCAAUUUUGUCAUGCUGAUAAUAAACAAGUAAUCAUGCGAUGUUGCUUGUACAAUUACAGAUUAAUAGUACUUGUGGUGUUUGGAAAUUAAUUUUACCAAAUUUGACUUGCCCUGGCGGCUCGUCCAAUUUUUUUCACAAUUUCCAAACAUCACUCGUACUAUUAAUUAUAAAUCUUGAUACUGCAUACUUGCAGGUGAAUCAAAUGAGAUAAAAACUAGAAAAUAUUUUCUUCUGAUAUAGGUCAUGUUCACAACAGAAAAAAUAAAAAACAGCCCUUUGAGAAAUUUACUGGAUUUAAGUGUGUUUUGUAGGUAUGUUGUUUGUCAUGAAAGUAUGUUUUUUGUAGGUAUAAAAGUACUAACACAUACUCAGGCAUGUAUGAUUUAAAACAUACAUUUAUUGAUUUUCAGGAAGAAUUUCUUCAGAACAGCUUUUAGUGACAUUCUUUAUGUUGCUAACUUGCCAAAUAGAAAGAACAAAAAGAUUGCAGAGAUGAAGAGUACUGUUCUGACAUCACCAGGGUGAGAAUUAUGUAGAUUAUUGUUCCUAUGAUUUUUUGGAUGUCUUUACACCAUGCUUAAAUUUAGUCCUCAUACAACUGAAUGCAGAUAAAUUUGCUACACUGGUACCAGUUUGAUCACAGGUUUGAAAUGUGUUGUGCCACAAAUCGAGCAUAGUGUAAGCAGGGCUUGGUUGGUUACUUGGUUGGUUGGUUGGUUACUUGGUUGGUUGGUUGGCUGGCUGGUUGGUCUAUCAGCACACUUCUCCCCUAAAAACCCCCUUUUAUUAAUUUAUAAUAGAGAUUAGAGCUAUCACAAAUUACAUUAAACCUGUAUUACACCCCUUCCCCCCCUCUCAAGCAACCUCUUUAGUAAGACCCAUGUGCCCAUAUAUUAGAGGAGUACAUUUAUUAUAUUAAGUCCCUUAAUUGGCCAUUCUCCUGUUACAAUAAGGAAACAUUGUGUGUUCUUUGGACUGUCAACCUUUCUUUAGGGUUUGUUCAACAAUACAAAGAUUAACAACACACCAGGAACAUGAAGCUGCAACUCCUGAUGUUAAAAGUAAUUUUAAUUAAUACGAAUUGCUAUAGUUGUCCUCAAUGGUAGAUGUAGAGUAGGCUAUUUUGUAGUGCUCAAAUGUAGUUGAAAGACUUGCUGAAAAUAUACUUUCUUAAAUGUCCCAGCAUGGAAUUCAACCUAAGGUCACUAGUACCAGCAUUCUGACUGCUGAGCUGUUGGAAUACCCGAUUUAAAACACUAAAAUGGAAUAGGAUAUAUAGCGUCACUAGAGUACUGACAAUAUAUUGUACAUACUAGGUGUACAUGUAGUUAAAGAAUGUGUUGUUCAUUUAUAGCUGGGGAGGAGAUUGUCAAACCAACUUUAACAGCAAAACAGCUCAAGGCGAAAGCUCAGAAGAUCAUCAAUGCUAUGAAUGGAACAAUAAAGGGAUAUUUGAUUAAGUAAAGUUUGUCAUAAUUGAGAGUACAUGUAUAUGAAAGAGCCCAGCACAUUGUACUCUUCAUACACACAUAGGGUAUACUGUUUAUGUAAGG